CUUAAACACCCAUACAUCGCUCUGCCUGACCAUACACUAUCUGUUAAAUUAAGUCAACAUGCCUCCGAAACGCGUAAGGAAGACGGCUUCCACGACUCAGAAACCACCCUCCCCUCCACUCUCCGAAAAGAACGCCCCAGUGGCGGAUGAGGAUGCUGGAAUUGGGGCAUCAGAGGCUCAGGAGAGAGGCUUGAUGGGUAGUCUACGAAGCCCUCGCCACGAUGAAGACGUUGAGUCACCCGUGAUCCUUGACGAAGAUGAAGAGAUGCCGGAAGAAUCGGGAAACACCGUCCAACAUGGAAGACCGGAAUAUGCUUUAGGGGCGGGAGGUUAUAACAUGCUCAAAUCCUACAAAGGACAGGUCUACUCGGGCAUGGCAGUGGGAGGAUCUCAUACUUGGAAUUAUGACCAAGGCGUGUGGAAGGAAACGAAGGAGGAACCAGAUCUAUGGCGGAUCGAUUAUCAGACCAAUAAGAGACGAGCGAGGAAGGCACCGGAGGGUAGCGGUGCUCCUGUCGGGACGGAAUAUCACUGGCUCAUUGUAGCACACCAGUUUGUCAAGAAGAUUGAUGCCAACACGUAUGAGACAAACCUGACUGGGUCCAAAUAUAAGUUGGCUUACAAGUCCGCCUCGUCCAACUCAUGGUCCGUUCCAACUGUCAAGAAACAACGUGACCGAGAAGUCGAAUUGCUAGAGGAUGCCAAGCAGCGUGUUCAAGGCCUGCCUCCGGUGCUGGCAUCGGAGAAAGUAAAGGUAGAGAAACACGAGAAAGGUCAGCAGAAGUUGGACAGCAUGUUCAACAAAGCUACAAGUGGCGUUAGUAAGAAAAGGAAGCUAGGUGAGGAUAGUGGAGGAUGAGCUGACUUCGAAUGGUGUACCAUACACCUUGAUUGUAGCUGUAAAUUGUAUACUAUGUCUCCGAAGUGGUUGCUGAUGGGCAGUUAAACUUUCUUUAGCCCUACUCACUUAUUAAGCUGAUCACUCGUAAGUGCUGGUCAUGAGUGUCUACAGCCGGUGGCACGAAUCUUUCGUGUUGUUCCACCCGAUGUGACCCAUGUCAGCUAUUGUUGAAUAAACACAUCAUCAGCAAUGCUAUACAUCUGAUGCCAUUCAAAA